AUGUCUAGUCACUGUCAUCCAGAAUAUUUUAUUGAGAUAGGUUAUGUUAUUUCGGCUGAAACUCUCUCACUUUCAACCUCACAGAUCAACGAACAUCCUGAGAUUUCUGGAUCAAGUAUUCGUGCUUUAUAUAAUAGAAAAUCGAAUAGUAUCCUAUUUGCUGAUUUACUUUAUGGUAAAACUACUUCACUUGGUGGUCGUUUACAAUCCCAUGGUUAUGAAACUGUUCCAUCACAUAUUCAUAAAUACCCAUUUAAAGAUGAAAAAUAUUUUUAUGGUGGUUAUUGUGUACAAAAAUAUGGUUCACGAUGCGCUGAACAUUUUAUCGAUGUUAUACAAAUUAAAUUACCAAGAACUUUACGAAUUGGGAAUAAGGAAAAAUGA